UUGAUGGCAACAACUUCAACUGCUACAUCGAUCAACGAGCAGCAGACAUAUAUAGUUCACAUGGACAAGGCCAAGAUAGCAUCCAAAGACAAUUCUAGAAAAUGGUAUGAAGCAGUGAUUGGCUCUAUCAUUGAUCCCUCUGCCUCUGCCCAAAAAGAAGAUUCAGCAUCGUCUCCUCAGCUACUUUAUGUAUACGAAAAAAUAACUGGUUUUGCUGCAAAGCUUUCUAAAAAGCAACUGGAAUCACUAAGACAACUCAAUGGUUUUCUGUCUGCUACUCCUGAUGAAUUGCUCAAACUCCACACUACACAUUCCCCUCAAUUUCUUGGCCUCGAAAGGGGGAAAGGCUUAUGGAAUUCCAAAAACUUAGAGUCAGAUGUGAUCGUUGGUGUGGUGGAUUCAGGAAUCUGGCCGGAACAUGACAGUUUCAAGGACUCAACCAUGUCUCCAGUGCCCUCUAGGUGGAAAGGCAUUUGCGAGGAAGGUACAAACUUCACCGCCUCAAAUUGUAACAGAAGACUCAUUGGUGCCAGAGCAUAUUACAAAGGCUAUGAAGCUGCUGGCGGCAGAAUCCAUGAAACUGAAGACUACAAAUCUGCAAGAGAUGCACAAGGCCAUGGAACACACGUUUCAUCAACAGCAGCAGGUAGUCUUGUUAAAAAUGCCAGCUUCCUGGGUUUGGCCAAGGGCUCGGCGAGUGGAAUAAGAUAUACCUCUAGAAUUGCAGCAUAUAAAGUAUGCUGGCAUCGUGGUUGUGCUGGCUCUGAUAUACUUGCCGCCAUGGACCAAGCCAUUUUGGAUGGGGUUGAUGUGUUGUCCCUUUCUUUAGGAAGUUAUGACAAGCCUUAUUAUAGAAACAACAUUGCCAUAGGUGCAUUUCACGCAAUCCGAAAUGGGAUUUUUGUGUCUUGUUCAGCAGGCAAUUCUGGUCCAUAUAGCUCCUCUGUCGGCAACACUGCACCUUGGAUCACAACUGUGGCCGCAAGCUACCUUGAUCGGAGCUUUUUAGCUACUGUCAAGCUUGGAAAUAGACAAACUUUUAAGGGUUCAUCUCUGUACACCGGAAAGUCAACAAUGCAAUUACCAAUUGCGUAUGGGAAAAGUGCCGGAUACGAAGAUGCAGGGUACUGCUAUCAAGGUUCACUAAAUAGAACACUUGUGAAAGGAAAGAUUGUACUUUGUGAAUUAGGGAAUUUCAGUCGUGCUGAAUUGGCAGACAAUGUGAAGCUAGCUGGCGGAGAUGGAAUGAUAGUGUUAAACGAUGACAAGCAUGGAGAAGAGCUAAUUGCAGAAGCUUACCUUUUACCGGCAAUAGCAGUCGGUGCCACCGCAGGAAAAGCCAUCAAAAAGUAUAUUUCUUCAAACAAAAAGGCCACAGCUUCCAUUGCCUUUUAUGGAACAGUGUACGGCAACCGUGCAUCUUCUAUGGCAGCGUUUUCAGCAAGAGGGCCGAGUAAGAUUGGACCAGAGGUGAUCAAACCAGACAUAACUGCACCAGGGGUGAACAUUCUAGCUGCCUGGCCUCCCUUGAGUAGCCCGACGUAUGCCAACAGUGACAAGAGAAGUGUUCCAUUCAACAUACUUUCAGGGACUUCCAUGUCAUGUCCCCAUGUCAGUGGCAUGGCCGCACUAAUCAAAUCAGUUCACACAAACUGGUCACCGGCGGCCAUCAAAUCAGCCCUCAUGACAACAGCCUACACACUAGACAACACUAAGAACCCAAUGUUAGAUGUUGCAACCUUAUCUGCAGCAACUCCUUUUGCAUUUGGUUCAGGCCAUGUUAAUCCCGAAAUUGCAUCCAAUCCAGGGCUGAUCUAUAACAUCACAGAGGUAGACUAUCUGAACCAUUUGUGCAGCCUGGGUUACACAUCUGAUCAAGUAACUUUAUUUACUGGUUCCAGUAGCCAUUUCAGUUGUCCAAGUACCAGAACUCCUCUCGGUGACUUGAAUUACCCUUCUUUUGCUGUGAAUUUUAAGGGCAAUGUUCAGAACAAUACUGUGACAUUCAAGAGGACCGUGACAAAUGUUGGGGCUCCAAGAAGUAGUUAUACAGUACAAGUGCAAGAACCAAAGGAUACAAUAGUGACGGUUAAGCCUACUGUUUUGAGUUUUAAGAAGCUGGGGGAGGAAUUGAGCUAUACUGUUAGUUUUGUUGGACGUAGAGGAAAAACAUCUAGAGGGUUAUCCAAUUCCUUCGGAGCUUUGCUUUGGGUGUCUGGAAAAUAUACUGUUAGAAGUCCUAUAGCAGUUUCUUGGAGUUAAUUUUGGAAUUUGUAGAAAUCCCAAGAUGAAAUUUAGGAAUUUCCAAGUUGUAUUCAAUAAAUUUAAAGAAAUAAU